GCCCCCGCCGGGCCGCGGAGCUGCGAUGCCCUCGGACUUCAUCUCUCUGCUCAGCGCCGACCUCGACCUCGAGUCCCCCAAGUCGCUCUACUCCAAGGAAUCUGUCUAUGACCUUCUCCCAAAGGAGCUGCAGUUACCACCUUCCAGAGAAACAUCCAUAGCAUCCAUGAGCCAAACAAGCGGUGGUGAGGCCGGUUCGCCGCCUCCAGCUGUAGUUGCUGCUGAUGCUUCUUCAGCUCCCUCCUCUUCCUCCAUGGGCGGUGCUUGCAGCUCCUUUACCACCUCUUCCAGCCCUACCAUUUACUCUACCUCAGUCACCGACAGCAAGGCUAUGCAAGUGGAGAGCUGCUCCGCGGCCGUGGGGGUAAGUACCCGAGGGGUAAGUGAGCAGCAGAUAACCAGUAACACAGCCCAGCAGCACCCGGCCACGCCGAAGCGCCACACAGUCCUGUACAUCUCGCCACCACCCGAGGACUUGCUGGACAACAGCCGGAUGUCCUGCCAGGAUGAGGGCUGUGGAUUGGAGUCAGAACAGAGCUGCAGUAUGUGGAUGGAGGAUUCACCCUCCAACUUCAGUAACAUGAGUACCAGUUCCUACAAUGAUAACACUGAGGUGCCACGUAAAUCGCGCAAGCGCAACCCAAAGCAGAGGCCAGGGAUCAAACGCCGAGAUUGCGAAGAGUCCAACAUGGAUAUCUUUGAUGCCGACAGUGCCAAAGCGCCUCACUAUGUCCUUUCUCAGCUCAGCACGGACAGCAAAAGCAACUCAAAAGCAGGAAAUGGAGCAUCAGAGAACCAGAAGGGAGCUGGAGGGAAGAAGACCCCAAUGUUGUGUGGUCAGUACCCGACUAAGAGUGAGGGGAAGGAGCUGAAGAUCAUGGUGCAGCCCGAGACCCAGCACAGGGCUCGGUACCUGACUGAGGGCAGCCGGGGCUCCGUCAAGGACCGGACGCAGCAGGGCUUUCCCACUGUGAAGCUGGAAGGCCACAACGAGCCCGUGGUGCUGCAGGUGUUCGUGGGCAACGACUCCGGGCGCGUGAAGCCCCACGGGUUCUACCAGGCCUGCAGGGUCACGGGCAGGAACACCACGCCCUGCAAGGAGGUGGACAUCGAGGGCACCACUGUCAUCGAGGUGGGGCUGGACCCAAGCAACAACAUGACGCUGGCGGUUGAUUGUGUGGGAAUCCUGAAGCUGAGGAAUGCUGAUGUGGAAGCCAGGAUAGGGAUUGCCGGCUCCAAGAAGAAAAGCACCCGCGCUCGGCUCGUCUUUCGCGUCAACAUCACGCGCAAGGACGGCUCCACCCUGACCCUGCAGACGCCUUCUUCCCCAAUUCUGUGCACUCAGCCAGCGGGAGUCCCAGAGAUCCUAAAGAAAAGUCUCCACAGCUGUUCAGUGAAGGGUGAAGAGGAAGUUUUUCUGAUUGGCAAGAACUUCCUAAAGGGAACAAAAGUGAUUUUCCAAGAGAAUGUUUCCGAUGAGAAUUCUUGGAAGGCAGAAGCUGAAAUUGACAUGGAAUUAUUUCAUCAGAAUCACCUUAUUGUGAAGGUGCCACCAUAUCACGACCAGCAAAUCACCUCAGCAGUCUCUGUGGGAAUAUACGUGGUGACCAACGCUGGGAGAUCUCACGACGUGCAGCCCUUCACCUACACUCCAGAGCCAGCUGGGACUCUGAAUGUUAAUGUGAAGAAGGAAAUCUCCAGCCCAGCCCAACAUUGUUCUUUUGAAGAGGCUAUAAAAGCAGUGAAGGCCACGGGCUGUAACCUGGAGAAGGUGAACAUUCUUCCUAGUGCCUUGAUAACUCCACUCAUGCCAAGCAGUAUGAUCAAGAACGAAGAUGUGGCUCCAAUGGAAGUAAGUGCACAAAAAUGCUCUCCCCCCAAGUUCCAGGCUUCAAAUGUGGUUGGACCAACUCAGCAAACAUUGGAAAACAGCAUGUCUGGCAUAUCAACUUCUGCUUCCCAUUUACCUUCUGAAAGUGAAAACCAGCAGCAAAUCCAGCCCAAGGUGUACAACCCAGAGACCCUGAGCACCAUCCAAACGCAGGACAUUUCCCAGCCCGGCAGCUUCUCCGCAGUGUCCGCCCCGGGCCAGCUGCAGAACAGCGAUGCCCUGCUGCAGCAGGCUGCGCAGUUCCAGACGAGGGAUUCCCAGCCCAGGGAGGUGCUGCAGUCGGAUGGCACAGUGGUGACUCUGUCACAGCUGACUGAUGCCUCACAGCAGCAGCAGCCGACGCUCUCGGAGCCGGCCCAGGCCCUGCAGCAGCAGAUUUCCUCGAGCAUCUUCUCGUCGGCCAGCGGCGUGAGUCAGCUCCAGAACACCAUCCAGCAGCUCCAGGCUGGCAACUUCCCCACCAACACCGCCACGGGCAGCAACAGGAACGUUGACUUGGUGCAGCAGGUCCUGGAAGCUCAGCAGCAGUUAUCUUCCGUUUUGUUUUCGGGCUCAGACAGCAGCGAGGAUGUCCAGGAUCAGCUGAACGCAGAUAUCUUUCAGCAGGUCAGCCAGAUACAGAACAGCGUGAAUCCCGGGAUGUUUUCCUCCUCAGACACAGCUGUCCAUUCCAGACGGGAGAACCUUUUGCCUGGACGAGCCGAGAACGUUCACUCCCAGCCUGAAGGUGCCCUGUCCAACCAGCAGCAGCAACAGCAGCAGCAGCAGGCCAUGGAGACGUCAGCAGCCAUGGUGAUGGGCAUGCAGCAGAACAUGUGCCAGGCGGCCACGCAGAUGCAGUCGGAUCUGUUCUCCUCCAGCACGGCGGGGAACGGAGCCCUGCAGCAGUCCCCAGUGUACCAGCAGGCGUCCCACAUGAUGGGUGGCUUGUCCACCAGCGAGGACAUGCAGAUGCAGUGUGAGCUGUUCUCCUCGUCCCCGGGGGUGUCCGGCGGCGAGGCGGCCGCCCCCGCGCAGCAGCCGGUCUCCAGCAACGGCGCUGCCAUGUUCCAGCCCUCGAGCUCUGCAGAGGGAGAAGAGGCCUCGGGCCAGAGCAAACAGAUGCAGAGCUCUGUGUUUCAGACCAUGGUUCAGAUGCAGCACAGUGGGGAAAGUCAGUCCCAGGUUAAUCUGUUCUCAUCUACCAAGACCAUGAUGAGUGUCCAGGCCAGUGGUACUCAGCAGCAGGGCGGGGGUCUGUUCCAGCAAGGUGGAGAAAUGAUGUCAAUUCAGUCAGGAAGCUUCAUCCAGCAGUCUCCACACUCACAAGCUCAGCUUUUCCACUCUCAGAACCCUAUUGGUGACACUCAGAAUAUAUCCCAGGAAACACAAGGAUCCCUUUUUCAUAGCUCAAAUUCCAUUGUCCACAACCAGACCAACACUAAUUCCUCUGACCAACUGCAGCCCCCGAUGUUCCACUCACAGAAUGCCAUGGGUGUCUUGCAGAGCUCCUCGGUGCCUCAAGACCAGCAGUCUGCCAACAUGUUCCUUUCCCAGAGUUCCAUGAGCAACCCUGCCACUCAGGAAGAGCAGAUGUCAUUCUUUACAAGCCCAAAUCCCAUUUCUCCUCUUCAGACAGCAGCAAACACUGAACAGCAGACUUCUUUCCAGCAGCAGACACAGAUCUCUCAUAUCCAGAGCUCCAUGCUUCCCCAGGAGCAGCCCCAGACUCAGCCAGCUCAGCAGGGUUUGUUUCAGUCCCAAGUGUCGUUGGGCUCCAUCCAGUCCAGCUCCAUCCCUCAGAACCAACAAGGAGCCAUCUUCCAGCCUCAGCAUUCGAUUGUUGCUAUCCAGAGCAGCCCUCCAUCUCAGGAGCAGCAACAGCAGCAGCAGCAGAACAUGAUGUUCAGCAAUCAAAAUGCAAUGAGUACAAUGGCCCCCCAAAAGCAGAACAUGAUUUUCAAUCCAAACCAAAACCCAGUUACCAAUCAGGAGCAACAAGGCCAGUCCAUUUUUCAUCCACAGUCCAACAUGGCCUCGAUGAAUCAGGAACAGCAGCCCAUGCAAUUCCAGAGUCAGACCACAGUGUCUUCUCUCCAGAAUCCUGGCUCCAACCAGGCUGAAGCACAGCAGCCAACCAUCUUCCAUAACUCGCCCCAGAUUCAGCUGGUCCAAGGGUCCCCAAGUUCUCAAGAGCAACAAGUCACCCUCUUCAUCUCCUCAGCUUCCAUGUCUGCCCUGCAGAACAGCAUGAGCCAGCCGGAGCUGCAGCAGUCCCCCAUGUACUCCUCCCAAAACAGCAUGGCAGGAAUGCCAGGAACUGCUUCUCCCCCCCAGCAGCAGGCUCCUCUGUUCCACAACACGGCGGGAAGUGCCAUCAACCAGCUGCAGAAUUCCCCUGCCUCAUCCCAGCAGACCUCGGGAAUAUUCCUGUUCGGCAUCCAGAACAACUGUGGCCAGCUGCUGCCCCCCGGGCCGGCGGCGCUGCCGGAGGAGCUGAUGGCCAUGGGCCAGCCCGGGCAGCCCCAGGGCGAGGCCCAGCCCACGGUGCCGGCGCUCCUGUCCCAGCAGCUCCCCGAGACCCCGCCGCUGCCCUCGGCCAUGGCCACCAACCAGAACAUGGAGAAGAUAGACGACCUGCUCGUGUCCUUGCAGAACCAGGGGAACAACAUGGCUGGCUCGUUUUAAUUAGGCAAGUGAAAUUCCGUGAAGAAAAAAAAGCGACGAUUUCCCAGAUCCUCUCAGACCUUCCAACUCUGGAUUAGGCUGCGUGGAACCAAUUGCUUCUGUGGAAAAGUGGCCUCUUUAAGAGCACACGCGUGGCCAGUGGCAGACCUGAGGCCAUGACCAUGGAGUUUGGGCUCCAUAGUGCCAAUAAUGCUGAGGAGUUAUGCUUUGUGUUACUGGGGCGUGGGGUUGGGCUGUUACCAGGUUCAUAAACCUCAUUACAGUGGGGGCUCUUGGAAUUUAAAGCAUAUCUGGUCAGUUAUUAUUGUUGUUGGAAGGUAAUCCAUGUUACCACGUUUACUUUUUCCCUGCUAUUCUUUCUUCCUAUCCCUUUUUUCCCUCGGGAAGCUCGUGCAGCAGAAACAGCAGCUGCCUCUGCCCCGAGCCGUGACUCAGCUGUCAGUAAGUGAAGGGAUCUCUCGAUUGACACGGAGUGGGAGAGCCAAACCCACCCUUUAUGAAUUGGAAGCGUUGAUAAUGGUAAUAACCAAGCAGAGAAUUGCUGCUCUGAAUAACCAGUUCCCAUCUGAGAAUGGGAUUAACGGUUUUCCACGUCCGUGGAAGCUGGGGUUGCGUGGAGCUGUACGUAGAGCAAGGGUUUGGUGGCUCUACAAAAUGAAGAAAUGAAGAGGAACUUCCAGUUGGUCUUAAAAUCUUCUCUAAAACACCUUCAGCUUGGAAGGAGCAUUCUUUGUGGCUGAGGAAGGGACUCCUCUGUGUCUCUCGUUCUGACUGAUGGUUGGAGCUCUGUAAAGACUCAUGAGCUGUUCCCAGCUUCUCCCUUUUACUCUUUCCAUGGUUUUCCUUCUCUCCCUCAGUUUUGUAUUUUGUUACUUUAAAAAAAGACAUAAAUAUCCUACUGGCUUUAAAGCUAAAGAAACAGCUUUUAGGAAUCCUUGGCAGUAAAUUGCUUAGUCAGUAGAAGCUUUGACAAAUAAUCAAGGAGUAAGGAGAGAGGAAGCAAUUUCUCCACCACCUUCUAAUUGCAGGAAUCCCCCUUAACCCACCACUUCCAGCUGUGACUGAUGGAAAUCUUCAGCUUGGCUUUACUCCAAGUAGGGGGCAAAUUGCAUCAUUUUUAAGCCUUCUUAAAAGGUCACUUCAUCCCGAGCUGUUGCAUCUUUGUAGCACAUGGAGCUCAUUGCAGUUCUGAAGUGAUUUUUCCUUUUUCUACCACCGAGCCCCAAGUCUGGUUUUAGAUUGCCAUGUUUAACUAAGGAAUAAAUCAUUGACUGAUGUUACCGAAUGUAAAAACAACCCACUCCAGACCAUGCAGGUGUAUUGUGAGGCUUGUGGAUUUUUUGGGUGCUUCAACUCUCCAGGCAGUGUGUGAUCUCUCACUACAGCCUCGUUCAGAUCCGUGUUCCUCCCGCUGCCGCCGGAGCCGAGCCGCUCCCGCGGCGCCCGUUCCGCCUCGGUAGAGUUAGCUGGUAUCACGUCAUUCUUCAUUUUGUUAUUUGAAAUAACAAAGGAACAGUCUGUAAAUGGGUUUUUUUUUUUAAGUUCCUCGAGUCUGUUUACUGUGUGUUUUCCCCUUAACUCGUGUGCGUAGUUGAGCCGUGUAGAGUUUUUUGUUGGUUUUCCUGGAUUUCCCCCGUUUGUUGGUCUGUCACGACGUUCACUUUCUCUUUCUGUCUCUCUCUUUCUCUCUCUCAUUGAGAGGCAUUGAAUUACGUUUUCAGUAGUAAGGCUUCUUGCCGAUAUGAAGGGAACUUUUCAGAAAGAGACCUGCUCUGGGUCAUUUAAUUUUGAAUACAGUUUUCAAUCGUUCAAGUUUUGGAUGGUUUAUAUCUAAUGUGUGUUUCAUUUUUUUGGAAAGCUAUAUUUUGUAUUUAGGAAAUGGUAUAACUAUUUUGCUAUUUGUACUGAGUGAGUACAUUGGCAUAAAUAUAAAAAUUUAUAUAUAUACAUAUAUAUAAAAUAUUCUUUUUGCCACACAUUUUUGUGGUAAAUUUGUGAGUUUGUCUGAUGUUCUACCACAACGUGGCGUCUGAUAACAGUGGGGUGGGGUGGGGUUUGUUAUGUCUUUAUUGAGUAUUUAAGUACUUUUUGCAACAUAAAUAACGUGUUCAUCUCUCGCCAUUCCAUCAGGCAGUGUUGGUCCAGCUGGCCACGAGAAGCUUUGCUCUGUGUUUGGUGUGUCCCUCACUCACAGCCUAGCCAGGAAACCCAGAGGCAUUUAGGAUUAUAUGAAAAUGAAAUAUUGGGGUUUCCCUCAGAAUGAGCCAUUCAGCUUUUCUCCACUCUUCAUUGCCUAUUUAAUAUUUUAUUAUUAGCGCCUCUGUGUUUUAACUCCUAAUUUAUGAUUAUGCUCAAAUGUUGGAAAUUUUAAUCAGGACAGAAAGAAUUCCCCGCUGCAUCAUGUCCAGAGCUGCUUUAACCCCGACCCAGACUUCUUCUUUCUGUAUUUUAUUUUUUUUUUUCCCCUGCUAAGACAAAACAUUACCAACAUCUUGUAAUGGUUCACAACACGAAAGCAGCAGCCCCCAGCAGCGCCCAGGAGCUGCGUGGGGCUGCUCAGGCUGAGAACAAUGGACCCAACAACGUCCAGAGGGCCGUGGAAGUCCAUAGGCACUCACUGGGAAAGGAACUGGUGGUGUUUGCAGGAUCUGUGUCCCAGGCUGAGCUGUUGGGUGUCACCUGGGGCAUUGGACACAGAAGGAGUGACAGGAACGACGGAUUCGCUCGCGUGCUGCUUCAGUUUGCUCCUUGUUCCCAAGGGCUCUAUCCAUUUGUUGGUCAGUGCCAAGUCACCAGGGACCAAUUCUCCAUGGAACAGGAUGAGUGCCCAGAAGAGAACCUCAUCCCAAGCCUGCCACAGCUCCAGGGAAGGGUAUGUUUGAAUUGUGGGCGUGUUUGAGGUCACUUACGAAGAGAAGAGAGAAAAAAAACAUACACAAAAAACCAACCAAGGGCUGUGCUAUCCCAGUUUUCCCUUCUGGAAACACCUUCCUUUCCUCGUGUUAAAUUUACCUGUUCAUUUUAGGUCAAUGUUUAAAUGUACAACACUUUGAACAUGUGAUUUGGUUACAAGAAGUAUUUGUGUGACUGAAGAGGUCGCUCAGCGGUUGGCGCGUGCUCGGCAGCGGCUCUGAGGGUGGAGGGGUUGGAUCAGCCCCAAAAGAGCUCAAGGACAGGCUGCAGGGUGUCAUGGCAGGGAGCACAGCCUGAGCCACGUCUGUGUUUUACCAGGGCCCUGAACAUUCUGACGUUUUCAGCGGCUGAGGUUGGGCAGCAGAGCUCCUCUAUGACCCCAGGAGCACUGGCAUCGUGUCUGGGCCCUUUGGGUGACAGAGGAUCCUGAGGUACCAGUCCGUGUCAAUCCAGCAUCCCUGGGGGUCCCAGAGCACCCAUUUGUGGGCACAGGUGAGAGUUGAGGGAGAUGGAGCUGCCAACCCCCCCCAUGUCCCCCCAGCUUUUACCCUGAGUGUGCCCAGAGCCCACCCAGACACCAGGGAGCCAACCCUCAGUGCACAGUUUGAGCUGAACAUCUCCUCUGGCACGGAGUUACUGGUGCUUUGUGCUUAAUUAACAGUUGUUUUGGUAUCAAUUGCCUCCUCACUGCCUGGUCUUGCAGCAAGCCAAACGCUUCGCUCUUAUUUUAACACAAAUCUAGUUCAAGAAGUAAUUCCAGGCUGGCUGUUCUGAAGUGGGAGUGCACUCUCUGAUCAGUGAUUAUGAUUACUUCUAAUCACUGACAGGGUGGCUGCUUCCCAUGUAGUUUUGAGAUAAAACAAGGCAUGAGCAGUUAAACAGAACCCCGGCAGGUUUUUACUGGAAGUGCCAAGUCUGGGCAGCUGUGUCAGUGGACAUUCCCCUCACUUGCAUAAGCUGAACUUUAUUUUUUAAAGUUUCCAUUGAUAUUUUGAUUUGGAAUCUUAAUUUCUAAAAGGAAAAUAUGUCCGAAUGGACUUUUAUUCCUGUUUUGUUGUGCCUCUGCUUGGCAAACUGUUGGGUUCCUUUUCCAGGGCCAUUGUGGGAGAGCAGAGGGAGCAAAGACAUGGAUCUGAGUGAGGGGAGCAGGAGAGAGGAGAGGGAGUUGCUUGGCAUGCUCUGAGCUGUAGGUGGAAGGUGAGAACAGGAAAUACUGGUGAGUGCUCAUUAGUGCAGAGCUGAGUCUCAAGGAGUUGGGGGGGGUUGUGUUCAGGGGGGCUCGGGGCAGCUCCGUUCUGUAGAAGCUAAAAGGAAACAGCAGUGGGAUGCUGUGUUUGUUCAGGGGCUUUGUUUUAAUUUGGGCUUGUUUAGUCUUUUGUGGCAGCCUCUGAGCACUUUGUGUUCCUGCUCGGGCCAGCUGUGCCAGCUGUGGUGCCCCGGGCAGGGCGUCUGUGCCACGGCACCGAGGGUCAGCGUUGGAAAUGGGGUAAACGUGUUAGAAACAAGGAAAAAUGCAGCAGGGGGUAAACUCCUGCCAAAGGGAACUUGUGAAAUUCUCUAGGGGAGUGGGGGACUCGGGGAGGUCACACAGGAGGAGAGGCUUUUCCUUUCCCAGUCUGUAUAGGGAUGUAAAUAUGCACUGCCUGUAUAUUCUAGGAUUAUAUAUAUGUAUAUAGAGGAGUCAGAUUAUUCUAUAUAAAUAAUAGUAGACACAGCAUUAGAAUACUGUUAUAUUUACAUUUUUUAUAAACAUGAAAUAAUACUCCUUUUCCUCAGUAGGAGGUUUUUGUAGUAACUCAUGAGUAGCUGUCUCACACCUCUCAGUCCUGGACGUGUGGCCCUGUUGGUGACGUGGCUCCAGAACUUGCUCUGCUUGGGAACCUCGCUGGGACCUGUGGCUUGCAAGCAGCUGUGGCCACUUUUGUAUUUUUGUAUCUUUUAGUUCAUACUUGCAGAUGUAGUUUAGGAUGGAACUGACACCCAGGCUGAGGAUGGGCUUCCUGCAGCCCUGAGCAUCCCUGGGCUUCCCCUGGGUCACUCCAGAGCCGUUUCCAUCCCCGGUCUGGCAGCAGCUGGUGCAGACAGGGAUUGGUGGUGGCUGUGCUGCCCAGGGCUAGGCUGACACCAGCCCGGGGUCUGGGAUGUUGUUGUGUAGCAAAAGGUCCCUGUUGUGCUGGGUCAGGGAGGGGAAACUCCUCUGCCGUUUCUCUUUAUUCCCAUGAGGGCAGGAGUCUGUAAACUCAUUUUUUAACUGAUUCAUUAGUGCAACAGUCAAAAUCUAGAGAACUCCUUGAAAGCCAGUGAAGCUCCCCUUGAAUUCUGUCUGUGAGGAGCCUGCUGCGACUCGUGCUGAUUUCUUUCUUGCAGGUUGUGUGAGGAAUUAAACCCUAAGAAUCAUAGAAUCUUAAAAUAUCCUGAGCUGGAAAGGACCCACAGGGAUCAUCCAGCCCAACCCCAGCCCUGCACAGACCCCCCAACAAUCCCACCCUGGGCAUCCCUGGCAGUGCUGUCCAAAGGCUCCUGGAGCUCUGGUGGCUUUGGGGCCGUGCCCAUUCCCUGGGGAGCCUGGGCAGUGCCAGCACCCUCUGGGGGAAGAGCCUUUCCUGAUAUCCACCCUAAACCUGCCCUGACAUAGCUCCAGCCUUUAAAUCAGGUCAUACAAUCAGUAAUGUGUAUUGUGUCCAACAUGACUUUCAAUUCCAAAUCCGUGUUCCACUGGAAUUUGUCCUGAGUGGAUCAGUGUUGUCCUGGUACAGGUCUUCUUAAAUCACCUCCACCACACUGAGAGCCAGUGUCCUCCUUUGUUCUCUUGGAGUUUGCAGGGCUGAACUCUGCUUUUUCCAGAGAUUUGUCAUUUUUGCUGUUACACUUCAUUAAAUUGCCUGGUGACAUUCACUGUGUAGGGACAGGGCAAGGAAUCCAGGGAUUCCCUGCUCACUGACCCCUCUGUUCAGGUUCCAAGGCUCCCACACCCAGCAGCCCUCUGUGACACAUUCCAGCUCCAGGCCUGGGAUUAGGGAGGGGUCCUGUGUUCACCUGGCAGGUAAAUGGCCUUGCCUUUGUUUUGGCCCUGGAGCUGCCCCGUGGAACGGGAUCCGACCGAGUGCCCUGGGCAGUGCCAUGGCUGCCCGUUGGGAUAACGUGGCCAGGGGGAAGUUCCUGUUUGGAAGUGGCUCUUUGGGUGUUGCAGAACUGGGAUCCCAAUCCAGUAUCCUUAGCAGCCUGCAGCAUUCCUGAGGCUUUUUUAUUCUGGAUAAAAGGAGGCAAUUUGAAUUAUUUCCACCUGAGCUGAUGCUGAGUUAAGCUCCAACCCCUUCAGAGCAGAGCUCCAACCUCUGUCUCUGUCCCUGCACCUCAGGUGGGCUCUCCCCUGCCUGCCAGAUGUUCUGGGUGCACCCUCGACCGCUGAGCUGCCUCUUCUGUGUCCUGCAAUGUGAAAGUAGCACCAGAUACUCCUUCGUGCAGUUCUGUGUAUAUGGCUUUCGUAGGUGGGUUUUCCAAGCACUGAUUCCCGGUGUUUUCAGUUUGUCUAUGAGGGGAUAUUUUAUUUGCAUCUAUGUUUUUAGCUCUCCUGUGAUAACUUGUUGAAUAUUAAAAAAAAAAAAAAUAUUUUGCUUCUAUUGGGACAUUUGUAUACUCGCAACUAUAUUUCUGUAAACAGCUGCAGUCGAGAAUAAACGAUGAAAGUUUUCAUUUUA